GUUGAAGUUGAGUUCCUCUGGAAAAUACAAGUUUGGGAAAAGGAUAAAAAAGAAAAGAAAACAGAUAAUGUUGGACCACUAUAAAUACGCUUACAGCAUUUUCGGAUCGUUGAACCAUUCCUAUAUCAUCAUCAUCCACAAAGACAAUUUUACGAGAAACACUUCAGAAAGUAGUUAAGCUUCAGAUAAACGAAGAGACGAUUCCGAUGGCAACCAAAGUGUAUAUCGUGUACUACUCAAUGUACGGUCACGUGGAGAAACUGGCUGAAGAAAUAAGGAAAGGUGCUGCUUCUGUUGAAGGUGUUGAAGCCAAACUAUGGCAGGUGCCGGAGACGCUUCCAGAAGAAGCACUCCUUAAGAUGAGCGCACCACCAAAGAGUGGAUCACCAAUCAUCACACCCAACGACCUAACUGAAGCUGAUGGUUUUGUCCUUGGUUUCCCAACAAGGUUUGGUAUGAUGGCUGCUCAGUUCAAAGCCUUCUUGGACGCAACUGGUGGACUCUGGAGGACUCAGGCACUCGCCGGUAAACCAGCUGGUAUCUUCUACAGCACUGGCUCUCAAGGUGGUGGCCAAGAAACCACCGCGUUGACGGCGAUAACUCAGCUGGUUCACCACGGGAUGAUAUUUGUCCCAAUCGGUUACACAUUUGGUGCUGGAAUGUUCGAGAUGGAGAAAGUUAAAGGAGGGAGUCCCUAUGGAGCUGGAACAUUCGCAGGAGAUGGUUCGAGGCAGCCAACACAGCUGGAGCUAGAGCAAGCGUUUCACCAAGGCAAGUACAUUGCAACCAUCACCAAGAAGCUCAAAGUAUCUACUGCUUAAUGCUUUCUAAUGGAUUCGGUAUCAAUAAGAACAAAAAACAUUGCAUGUUUUGCUCUGCUUUAUUAAUAUACUAGAAUAAGGCGUAGGGUGAGUUUAUUUGUAUAUAUUAUCGAUAGUUUCUUUUAUAUAUUUGAUCAUUUUAUUUAUAUAUAUAAAAUAUUUUUUGUUGUUA